AACUUCACAUCGAUUGUCUUUUAUUCAACCAUUUCAACCGAUUUGUAUUUUACUGCACAUGUGCAUCGAUUUCUUAUUCUUUUAGCUAAAGUAAUACAAAUCCGUCGAUAAAAUGGGAGCCAUAGCGAGCAGAUACCGUGUUUCCAACGCCGGGCUAACACCCACUGAUCAAGUAAACAUAGAAAAUGAAACCAAACGUGAGAACCCUGGAACUUUGGACGAAUUGCAUAAAAAAAGCAAAGAGGUGAUGCCAGUCAACUUUGAAGGUGGUAAACUCAUGGUAAACAAGGGCAUAUCAAAUCAUUUCCAGAUGGCACAUACUCUUACGAUGAAUUCAGCACAGAAUGGUUACAAGUUGAGUGCGACAUAUAUUGGUACGAAGCAGAUCUCACCGACUGAAGCGUACCCAGUGGUGCUGGGAGACGUAGACCCAUCAGGCAACUUUAACUUUAACUUGAUCCACCAACUCACUAAUGAGAUAAGAGUGAAGGGUGCGGCACAGGUGCAGGAAUGCAAGCUGACAGCAACGCAGGGUACUGUAGAGUACAAGGGUUCGGACUACACGCUGGCCAUGGCUAUGGGCAAGCCUGACUUCAGUGAUAAGUCCAGCGUCUUUGUGGGACAUUACUUACAAUCGGUAACAAAGCGUGUGGCGCUGGGCGCAGAGCUUGUAUACCAGUCAGGGGCGAGGAUCAUGGGCGGGGAGAUCGCCAUCGCCUCUGCAGCGGCACGGUACACUAUGGAUGAUUCGGAAGUGUCUGCUACUUUGGGUGCAGCUGGAUUCCACAUUUGUUAUUUCAAACAGGCCAGCGAACAGUUGCAAAUUGUAGCAGAAAUGGACACAUCGUUCCGCGGCAUGGAGUCUGUGGGCACGAUAGGCUACCAGGUCACGGUGCCUAAAGCUGAUCUAGUAUUUAGAGGUAUGGUAGACUCGAAUUGGAACAUUGGUGCGGUUUUAGAGAAGAAAUUGCAGCCACUGCCGUUCAGCUUUGCGCUGUCGGGUAUGGCCAACCAGGCCAAACAGCAGUUCAAGUUUGGUUGUGGCUUGAUCAUCGGAUAGUGUUAGUGCAGUGUCAGUGACGGUACAGUGAACCCAAAGUUUUCGUUUCCAAGAUAACACAAAAGGUUUAGGUGUUAUUUUAAGUUUUAAUUGUCUAUCGGAAUAUCGAAGCAAUCGGUUAACAUUCAGGUCAGUAAAUUCUAUAUUUUUGACAAUCUCUGACUACUUGUUUUCUAGAUUCAAUAUGUUUUAAAUUUCGGCUGGUUUUAUAUAUUUUGUACUGUUAUUACAUUAAAGUAUAUAACAUAUGUAUGAAAUGAUAUCUGACAUCCAAAGCCCAUAGACAAAGUAUUAUUUGAUGAAUAUUUCAAGUUGAAUCAAUAAAAAAACAUACAGAGGAAUUGAGUGUUUCUUUUUGUCAAAAAUCUAUCAGAAAGCAGAAUAAAAAUGUGACAAGCAUGUAAUUGAACAUUAUCGGCAAUAUCAUCCAAUAUGCAAUUGCUUAUUGAAAUAUAUAUAGUUACAAAUGGGCACUAGUCUAUUAAAAAAAAAGUUAAUCCUUGUACUGUAGCUGUAUUAUGUCUUUGCCAUUUUUCUAUGGGUUAUGUUACUUUCUGACAGAAUGAUGAUAGUCUAACCAGAUAUUCUAGCACUAUACUUUGUCGAGGGCAGUAAGUUGGCGUCCCCAGAUCUAAGGGAGGUAGAUUGGUAAAGGGGGACUGCCAACCCCAUGUACAAUCACUAAACUAGUGUUAUGUAAUUUUGCAAUUCGAAUAUUGUAUGUAUGUAUUGCAGUGUUUGUGAUUUUUGAAUUGCCAUUUCUUGAGUUUGUUUAAUCAACUCAUUUGAUGCAUACAUCAUGAUGUAAACUUUAUAUUAUCUGGUUUGUUUUCAUAUAUUUUCACGAUUAAAUCAAUUUUACACAGUUAAAUGCAAAAACUGCUAUUUAUUUAUAUUAAACCAACAAGAUAAAGCUAAGCUUGCCUAAUGGUAAUACUAAAUUGUAAUUUUUCAACUCUGCUAUAAAAUUAUAUGUCAUCUCGCACACUUAUUAGAAAAACAAAGACAGCAAUAAUAUACAACUGUCAUAAGAAUGGAAUAUCAAAGCCAGUGCAGUAGUGGUAAUGCUUCAAAUAUUGGUACAAACACUAGAUAUUUUUGUAUUUAUAGGGUUAAAAUAACACCAGAAAGCAUUUAAUAUUGACCACUCUGUAUUACUUUCUAUGCAUUUAAACAUUUUCAUUGUUAAAUUUGUUUCUACUAACAGUUGUUUUAAUCACAAUAGAAAGUAUUUUUGAUAUAGUAAGCAUUUUAUACUGAAUAUUGAUAUAUGUUUAAAUUGAAUAGAAAUAAUCUUGUCAAUUGCUCUAUUUGUUUGUCUGUGGAUGCAAAUGCAAACAAAAACCUUUAAUAUGGGUAUCAUAUAUUUUAUAUUCAAUUUCAUUUAUUCUCCAUGUAUGUAAAAUAUAUUUUUUUUCAUGACAUUUUAAUGCUGUCAAUGUCAUGAGUGGUCAUUAUGUUUUGACUUGCUUCCUUCCCGUAUGAUUGUAGAUAGAAAAUGGCGUUUUGUACAUAGAGCCUGUUGUUAAAAUGAUUAUUUUAAAUAGAGUUAUGUUAAUAAAUCAA